AUGCUUGAACGAGCUAUUUUAGAGUUUCCUGGCGAUAGAACUCGUUAUGAAGUUGACAACAUCGCAAAUUAUGAAGGACCUAAUGAGCUCGGUAUGCUAGAAGCACUAGAAGCAAAAGUAGACACAAGAGAAUUAACUUUAACAUUUCUCGGUGAAAUGUUUCCAAACUUGCAAAAACUUCGCUUAAAUAACUCAAUCAUACCAUCAGUUCGCGAUAUCGGCUGUGAAUUAGUAAAUUUACGAUUUCUUUCUCUGGCUAGCUGCAAUUUAACUUCUUUAGACGGAAUUAGUACACUUUCUCACAACCUAGAAGAAUUAUACGUAGCAUUCAAUCAAAUUACUGAUUUCUGUGAUCUUUUAGGCAUGGAACGUCUCAGAAUUGUUGAUUUUGAAGAUAAUCUGAUCGAAAAUCUCGAAGAUAUCGAAAUUCUCACUACAUCACCACAACUUCAAGCAUUGACACUUGCAGGAAAUCCAGCUGCGAAAGUUCCAGAUUAUCGCGAAAAAGUUGCGAAAUUACUUCCUAAAUUAGUAUAUUUAGACGAAAAAAGGCUUAAGCCUAGGAAGCCCAAGACGCCUAGGAUACAGAAACAACCUUCUACCGUUAAAUUUGAAGAGGGCUCAGAAAAUAAUGUUCCAAGAUCAAUAGAAAAGAUGGUCAAAGAGCCACCAUCACCACCUCCACAGCCUGUAGAAGAGCCACACCCACCAGCAUCACCUGAACCAGCAGACAAAAUCACUAUUGCUCCGUUAGAUUUCAGCCAUAUCGAUGACGACGAAAUUUUGAUGACAGAACAGAUUAGAGAUAAGAUCGACGAUCGACCACCGUCAUCUUACGGAUCCUUCGAAUCUAAAGGAUUUCCCGGAUUUUUCAAAAAUGCUCCGACGAAGACGUCCUCGAAGAGCAUAUUGACGCCUGGAAAGCCAAGGAUUUUCCGCCCUGUGUCUGCAAAGGGAAGGCCAAGCCAUUAA